AUGACAAAGAAACUUCAAAAAAAAAGAAGUUUACUGAGUGGUAAAAGACUUCACUCUAUUACCCAGUCGCACGAAACUAAACCAACCCCCAAAACGCUAAAACCUCUUCGAGCCAGGCAACUUAUACGGCGAUUUCAUGUACUAUUAAAGUAUAAAUCUGCAAUACUGAGUAAACUCUCUCAACUGAAAUCCGUUGACACUGAAACUUAUGAAGACUUUUCAGUCGAUUAUAAAAAAUGGAUUUACAAACAGCCAAAAUUGAAAAAGAUAUAUGAAACAGAGUGGAAAAAUACAUGGGAUAAAUUAAAGGUUAAUAAGACGCCAGAUUCAGUUAUUGAUCCAAAAUCUAACGAUGUGAUAGACAAUUCUGUGACUAUAGAAGAACUUGUAAAACUCGUUGGCAAGAUUGAUUCUGAAACCGAAAAAAGAGGUGGCUUGGAGACUUAUCAGACCGCUAGUACAUUAGGUCAAGAUGCCCAACGAGGAGGCGACUCCAGCAAAAUUCUGACCAAAUGGCUAUCCGAGUUAGGGUGGGGUUUUCCUGAAUGUAGUGCAUUGGAAAUAGGGUGUUUGUCCUCCAAAAAUAUGAUUUCCAAGUGUGGAGUUUUUGAUGUCAUAAAACGAAUUGAUUUACAUAGUCAGGAACCGGGAGUGAUAGAAGAGCAAGAUUUUCUUAAACUGCCAUCACCAACAAGCGAGUCAAAUAAGUUUGAUUGUGUCAGCUGCUCUUUAGUUGUCAACUUUGUUCCUAGUCCUGAAUUGCGAGGAGAAAUGAUGUGCAAAAUGUGUGAGUUUCUGAAAAAUCCCACAGGAGAGAGACAUAGUUUGUUAUUUUUUGUGUUGCCUCUACCAUGCGUAGAAAACUCCAGGUAUUGUGAUCUCAACACAAUUAAUUUGAUUUGGAGUAAACUGGGGUUUCAAACUCUCAAGUACCACCAGUCAAACAAAUUGGCAUACUGGCUUCUGAAGUGGGAAGGAGAAUCUAAAGUUGACAAAACCUUUACCGUCAAAAAAAAUGAGAUCCGUAAGGGUAAUAAGAGGAAUAAUUUUUGCGUGGUUAUAAAAUGA